GAUUUUUCAUCAUCAAAAAUAUCAAGUUAUUUAUAAAUAAUUGAAUUUGUAAUUACAAAACUUAAUUUCAUCUUAAUCAUCAUCAUAUGUUUGUAUUUUUGUUAGUUUACUAUUAAUUUUAAUCACCCGCGUUUCCCUUAAAUUGUAAUCAACUUAUCACUUUUAACCAUUUCAUAUUCACAAUAGUUUCAAGUAAAUACAACAAUCAAAAUAAUCAAAAUAAUCACAAUUAUCUCAUCAACAUCAACAAUUAUGUCUGACGAUGUGUCAAAUUUAUCUAAAUCAGUGAAAACAAUUAAGAAGAAAAAAAAAUUAACCAUUGACAAAGAGGAUCAACAAUCAAGACCCAAUUCCAUUGAUAUUACAAGUACAACAACAACAACAACAGCAACAAUUAACUCCAAUUCAUCAAAUUGUGAUGAGACCGAUGAUUUUUUCAAUCUGAUUCCAAUUGACAAGAUGAUUCCUCGAUCCAGUGAUAAACAGUUUCGUGAUCAACAAUUAAUUAAACAACUUCCAGCCCAUGAUUUAGCUUUAGCUUAUUGUAAUUACGUUGAUACAGAUUCGAAGGAAAAAUUUAUCGAUUUCGUUGAGAGUCGAAACAUUUACAAUUUAGAUAUUGGAUAUUAUCGUCCAGCUAAUCAACUAAAUAAAAUUUGUAAAAAUUGUGGUAAAGAAAUACGAUCUCGGGAGAUAAUUGUAAUUGCUCCUAAAUUUGGUGAAGUUAAUUGUUGGCAUCCACCUUGUUUCAUUUGCUCUGUUUGUAAUGAAUUAUUAAUUGAUUUGGUUUAUUGUAUUAAAAAUGAUUCACUUUAUUGUGAGAGGCACUUUGCUGAUACAAUUAGACCAAGAUGUUCAAAUUGUGAUGAGCUUAUUUUCUCGGGUGAAUAUACCAAAGCCAUGAACAAGGAUUGGCACUCAAGUCACUUUAGUUGUUGGCAAUGUGAUGAAUCAUUGACUGGUCAACGUUAUGUCCUUCGAGAUGACCAUCCCUAUUGUGUCAAAUGCUAUGAAUCAGUUUUUGCCAAUACAUGUGAAGAAUGUAACAAAAUCAUUGGAAUUGAUUCAAAGGAUUUAUCUUACAAGGACAAACAUUGGCACGAAGCUUGUUUCCUAUGUAACAAAUGUCGAGUCUCAUUGGUGGACAAACCUUUCGGCUCGAAAGCCGAACGAGUCUAUUGUGGUGAUUGUUACGACGAAGCAUUUGCCAGCCGAUGCGAUGGAUGUAAUCAACCAUUCAAAGCCGGAAUGAAAAAAAUGGAGUACAAAGGACACCAAUGGCACGAGAAUUGUUUCAUUUGCGUUGUUUGUGCCAAUCCAAUCGGCACUCGAUCUUUCAUCCCCAAAGACAAUGAAAUUUACUGCACUGGUUGUUACGAGGAUAAAUAUGCCACUAGAUGCAUUAAAUGUAGUCAGAUAAUAACCUCUGGCGGUGUGACCUAUCGAAAUGCCCCUUGGCAUCGUGAGUGUUUCACUUGCACCGAGUGUAAUAAUUGUUUGGCUGGUCAACGAUUCACAUCUCGAGACGAUAAACCUUAUUGUGCUGAAUGUUUCGGUGAAUUAUUUGCCAAACGUUGUACUUCAUGUGAAAGGCCAAUAACUGGAAUUGGUGGAACUCGAUUCAUAUGCUUUGAGGAUCGUAAUUGGCACAAUGAUUGUUUUAAUUGUGCCGAAUGUAAAAUCUCACUCGUAGGAAAAGGUUUCAUUACCGAUGGACCAAAUAUCUUGUGUCCAGAAUGUGCUAAACAAAAAUUACUUUAAAUCAUAUUAAUCAAAUUGUCGCCAUCAUAAAGACUGACCCACCACCAAAAAGCACCACCGGCAAUGAAAAGCCCACCACCGCUCUCAAUAUAAUCCUGGUUAACUUUUUCCUCCUCUCUUCUUGGCUUCCAAUCAUUUGAAAAUCAAUUAAAUCCAACAAUCAACCAAUUUGUGCUUCUCAUUUAAUUGUGUUAAUCAAUCGGCACUAAUUCAAAAUUAUACUUACGUUACAAUCAACUUAACUUUAAUCGUUCAAAACGAUAAAAUAAUUAACCAAUUCAAAUCAUUUUUCACACUCAA